AAAUAAAAAAGGUAACCGUAAGCCAUACGCCAGUUUGCCUCAGUGAUCAGUCAACAUUCGGCGCGCGUAGAGUGUAGACCUCAUACGUACGCGAAGACUUUAGUCCGUUAGUGUAAGUUUUGUGUAGUGGAAGCCGCAAAAUCAACUUUGUUUGAUCUGCUGGAGAAUGUGGUAGACAGAACAUAUACAAAAUUGACUAUUUAUAAACAUGUCUAGUGCAGUCGAAAAUGGGAUUGGAGACGACGGCCGGAGUACUACGUAUUAUUUCUCAAAAGGAAGAACUAGUGCAACACUAUGGCAAAGAAUAAGUUUGUUUAUUUCAAUUUACUGGAAGGCCCUGAUUGUUGUUAUUACCCCAUUAAUACUACUACCAAUACCAAUAUUAAAUGCCGACUCAGAAUCUGUUAAGGCCUACAAAUGUAUGUAUGUAGUCCUCAUAAUGGCUACCUACUGGGUCCUUGAACUUCUGCCUCUACCUGUCACCUCUAUGCUUCCAAUUGUCAUGUUUCCAACUCUGGGCAUUCUGGACUCUGACAAAACCUGUGCAGCAUAUAUGAAGGAAACUAAUAUGAUGUUCAUGGGAGGUCUGAUGAUUGCUGCUGGUGUUCAGCAUUCAAAGCUUCCUAAGAGAGUGGCUUUGUGGACUGUUCAAGUGGUUGGAUGUUCACAUAGAAGGUUAAAUUUCGGCCUGACUUUUGUUACAAUGUUCAUAUCUAUGUGGGUAUCAAAUGCAGCAGCUACCACAAUGAUGGUUCCCAUCGUUGAAGCCAUAUUAGAAGUAUUUGAACAGCAAGGCCUUGGAGAUGUCUACAUUAAUAAGAAAAAAGCGCUUACUGAAAACGGUAAAGACUGCAAGCAAACAGCUAAUAAAAAUAAUACAGAAGAAACUCCAAUUCCAAGCGACAUAACAACGUGCUACUUCCUAAGUAUAGCGUACGCCUCAACACUGGGUGGAUGCGGAACACUCGUGGGCACGGCCACUAACUCCGCCUUCAAAGGGAUCUUCGACUCCGAGUUUCCCGAGAUAUCAGGCGCUGUUGAUUUCUUCUGGUUCAUGGCGUACAGUACUCCGCCAAUGCUGCUUAUGCAAGUGCUAGUAUGGAUCUCUCUUCAGGUCACUUUCAUGGGGCUAUUCCGUCCGAAUAGUGAAGCGGCAAAGAAGGUGAAUGCUGCUUCAUCAGGCUCUGAAAACACAAUGCAAGUCAUCCGAGAACAGUACAAAAACCUUGGACCUGUCACAUUCCACGAAAAGGCCUCUGGAUCUCUUUUCAUCUUGGCUGUAUUCCUCUACAUCUUCAGAAAACCUGGAUUUAUGCUGGGAUGGGCCGAUGUUAUUACAACUAUGAAAGUGAAAGAUGGCGUAGUAUCAAUGUUCAUAGUGAUACUCAUGUUCGUUCUUCCAAUGUCCAUCGACUGCAUGAAGUUCUUCUCUUCUUCUUCUUCCUAUGAAGAAUUGUCUCAGUACAAACCAUCACCAAGUAUCGUCACAUGGAACAUUUUGAAGGAAAAGAUACCUUGGGGACUUCUCUUCUUACUUGGUGGUGGCUUCGCCCUAGCCGAAGGCAGUAAAGCAACUGGCCUUUCUUCCAUGAUUGGUACUUCCCUGAUAGGCCUACACGGGCUACACCCGACGAUAGUGUUGCUAGUCGUGGUUCUAGUCACGCAGUUUAUCACGGAGUUUACCUCGAAUGUUGCCAUCGCCAAUUUGAUUCUUCCAGUUUUGGCGAAUAUGGCUCGGACUCUGGACAUGGAUCCUCGUUACCUGAUGAUACCAGCAACCCUCGCUUGUUCCAUGGCUUUCCACAUGCCAGUUGGAACUCCACCCAAUGCCAUAGUAGGCGGUGUCGCCCAUAUACCCACCUCCAAAAUGGCCGUCGGUGGUAUUGGCCCGAAAAUCAUCACCACUCUCAUCAUAUGGGGAUCGUACCCCACAUGGGGCUCACUUAUCUUCAAACCCGAAGACAUUGCAGCCUUGAAUGCUCCAGUAGCACGUACUGCGGUAUCAACACUAAACCAAAAUCUCACAUUGAACUGUAACAUUACCCCUAAUACUUUAGCCGAGGUCAGCAAUUUCAACUGCUCACUUCCAACCCAUUUAUUAAACACAAACAUAACAAAUAUGUAUAAAGGACUGUUCUCAUGCAUGAAACCAAAUUCUUAGUAGAAAAUUAGGUCUAGGGGGAAAAUGCUCAAAUCGUGUUUCUGUAGUUGAAUCUCAGGAUCGGUGAUUAGUAUUAUAAUUUGAGGCAUAUUGCUAUUUAUACCCAAUGUUGAGGUUUUAAAUUUUGUUUUAAUCUGAAGGACCACUGAAGUUCUUGCAACCAGGUUACCAUGAUAACGUUCAUAGCGAUCAAAAUUGUAAGGGUAGCACGGCCCAUAUGUGGUAUUGCUACAAUUUGAGACAAAGGUAGUAGUGGCAAGCAACGUUGCCAUCGCAACCUGGUCUUGGGCUCUCCUGAACUUCAGCAUCACACGCAUUGUUAAUUCAGUACUGUGGUGCUAUGGUCUCAACACUUUAGAACAAUGUGAUAAUACCGUGAUAAAUGUUGUGCCAAAGUAGACCGAAUUAUAAGUAAUAUAUAGUAAUUUCUACAGCUGAACACAUAUUUUUUAUAUUAUUAUAUUAAAAAUGCAUUAAAAACACGAAUUAAAAAACUACCAAUAAAUAAU